CCAGAGCUACACAAUUACUAGCCACCUUGCAGUUAGUGCAUACGCGAAUUAUUUUUCGGGACACUAACUCGGAUUACUAUCGGAGAAAAACGAUACCGACGCUAAAAAUGGACAAAGAGAUGGUGGUAGAGCAGGAAAAUAGGGAGGCCAAGGUAGAAAAUGGCACUGUGGCCGAACCUUCCACGAUUGACAAUGAAGAUCAACCAAUGGCUGAAAUUGAUACUCAAGAUGAUUCUCAAGCUGAUAAUGGCGGCUCGGUGCCGGACGAUCUGGCCAAUGUUGACACUAGCCCCCCAGCCGACCAUUUUAUUGACGAAAUAUAUGACAGGAACACAGGCAGGCGCAUCGAUCGGUCUACUAUGAGCUUCGAUCGCAUACCUGAUAUGUAUGUGAGAGUUUCACAACCAAUAACCCAUCCGGCUGCUUUUGAAUUGAUAUGCACUCGAAUUUUUCUUGAGGCUUGGCAGGGAGACUCGAGAUUAAUUAGAUAUGAAGAUUUUUCAUUUGACCACGAAAUUUUACCAGGAGUUGAGCCAUACUGUGCCACACCUGAUUGCGACUGUGAUCAGUGAAUAAAGGAAACACAGAAAACUACAUCAGGAACGUACUUUUGAUUUUUAUUGUUUGUGCUCAAAAACUAAUUAUAUUAAGGAAAGUUAAAAAAAUAGUCGAAGCAUUAUUUCAUCAUAUUGUGUCAAAUUGCUAUAUUUGGCUACAAUUCGUUUGUCGCCGGAUAACCUGUUUUAAAACAUAACGUACUUAUAUUUGUUUUUUUCACAAUAUCAACAAUCAGUCAAUAGGAGCCGGGCAAGUUAGUUUCAAUGUUUGGAUUAAUUUUCGAUUGCUUAAUUUUUAUAUUGUUGCUAUAUUAGUCAAUUCUGUCUCAUCUUUAUAUAAAAUUAGGAAAGUUCACAAUGGCACAGUACUACGAUUUAUUUUACAGUGGUUUCUUUUUAUUGUAACCUGAUUAGGUGUUUAGUAUUGUGUCUGUAUCGUAUAUCAAUGUAAUUGAUGUUGUGUAUGCUUGUAGAUGUUUUCUAGUAAGCGUAUAUCUAUUAGGAUAAGUUUCAGAUUUGAGUUAAACUGUAUCCCUCUUGCUCGCUUCUCAUACUUUGCUUACUUCCGCGUUUUUCUCUUUUAUAGGUAGGGUUGUAAAGAUGUAAUAGAUAACGGACAGGAAAAUGAUGACAUUAUUAUAAAGUCAAAUAUUUCCUGUCCAAUCUUGUCUGGUGACAAAAAACAGAAGUAACUUCAACGAAUAUUUGUCAGUUUAAGUAACAACUUAAUUUGACUAACAUUCGUUUACGUACGAGUAUAUUAAGGAUGAUAAGGUUAAGAUCUUGGGGAGUGCCUACCGAAAAUUUAUGUUUUAAGUUUUGUACUUCCCUUGGAACUAACAUACUAUUCCAGGAUAAAAGGUAGCCUUUGUUCGUAUACAGGGUUCAGUGGUUGAGCUGUCAAAAUGAAACAAACAGAUUAACAAUCAGACGGACAGAAUGCCACACUUUCGAAUUUAUGUAAUGUUAAGAAAGGAUUGUGAGUCCUCUAUAAACUUAUCUGUUUACUUAAGUCUGUGUCUAUGUAUUGUAUGUAUUCAUACCCCUGGUUUAUUAUGAAAUGAUAUUUGAACUAUAAAGAUACAACCGCAUGUAUUAAGUAUCCCAAGUUAAAUCUGCUAGAUUUUGUCAUGUUUGGGACUGGUGACUGAAAUUUUUUCUGAGAUGGAGCAUUUUUGCACGAAUCUUAUUUACUAAUAAUUAGCGGAAUGAAUUGUUAGUAAUUAACUAUUGAUGUAUAUUUAGGAUUAACAGUAGCUGUUCUUAUUAAAAUGGGAUUUUAAAUUCAAAAUUUUACUUGAUAUAGGAAUUACAAAGGAUCGGAUCAGAGGAAUACAACGUUAAGAACAAAAUAUUAUUGAAUUGCCAAAAAGUAUUAAA